GCAGAGGCAAUGCUGUUCGCUCCAGACUUGAAACUCAAGCCUUGAGCAGCAUGGCCGCACCGCUCAUUGAGCAUUCUGUCGCUUGGUGAAGCAGCAAAGGGCCUCCGCAUGCUGGUUUCGCAUCGAGCAUCGUGAUUCGUGCAGCAUAUGCAGACCUCUAGCCUAGGUUUGGUCCUGACAGAGGUGAGCAUACCAAUCUGAGCUGAUGUCCAGCAAGUCUUACGGCAGUCUCAGUUGUAUAUGGCCACUCGGAAGCGGGGCCGCUCAGAGGGAGGAGCGUGUUCAGAAGGGCCUGUGACUCGUAGCAAGGCCUCGCGCUUACGCUCUGGGCUGACCCUCCCGCUGCUGCCUGCCAGUAAAAGGCAGUGUGUGAGCAGUGCCUCCGCAUCUUUAGCAGCACCAGGGGGCAGGGUGUCAGUUGCGGCUCAGGUGCCACCGGGAGCAGCGGGCAGUACGCGUGCUGCAACAAGGAAGCAGGCGGCGGAACUGAAGGGGAAGGGCAAGCUCGUUAUGGAGAACACCUCAGACGGGAGUGGGCACAUCGAAGACAAAACAAAGACAAGAGUGGUCGACAGGAAGCGGGAAAAGGGGAAGGAGAAGGAAGGGGAUACAGGACCGCAGCGUGACAUGGACAGAGCGGCGCGUCGGGCGGCGGCACCAGCUCCAGAAGGCUUUGCCGACGAUAGUGGCGGUGCCGCUGGCAGUGCUGCGGUGCCCCCUGGGUCUGCGAGCAGCGCCCUCCAGGGCCUGCUGCGGAAGCUGGGGGCCGGCCUGGACGACCUCAUGCUGUCGGGCUCGCCAGCCCUGAGCAGCGGCCGGCUGAAGACCAUUCUUGUGGGGCUGCGCGCCGACGGAGAGGAAGGGCGGCAGCUGGAGGCACUGUCGUCGCUGUGCGAGCUGCUAUCCAUUGGGACGGAAGACAGCCUGAGCAGCUUCAGCGUGGACGCCUUCGUGCCGGUGCUGGUCAACCUGCUCAACUGCGAGUACAACUCGGACAUCAUGCUGCUGGCCGCGCGCGCCCUGACGCACCUCACGGACGUGCUCCCCAACGCGUGCCAGACGAUUGUGCACUAUGGAGCGGUGCCAGCAUUCUGUGCGCGCCUCCUGACAAUAGAGUACAUCGACCUUGCGGAGCAAAGCCUUCAAGCGCUGGAGAAGAUCUCAUUCGAGCAUCCUGCUGCUGUCUUGCGCGCUGGGGGCCUGCUGGCAGUCCUCUCCUACCUCGACUUCUUCUCAACGGGAGUGCAACGUGUAGCAUUGUCGACAGCGGCCAACAUAUGCCGCCAGCUUCCCUCGGACUCUGUAGAGCUGAUCAAAGACGCAGUUCCCAUCCUCACCAAUCUACUCCAAUAUCAAGAUGAGAAGGUGGUCGAGCACGCGUGCGUGUGCCUCUCGCGCAUUGCGGAGAACUGGGCCCCCUCCAGCCAGAAGCUCGACCUCCUCUGCUCGCACGGCCUCAUUGCACAGGCAGCGCGCCUCAUUGCGGCGCCCGCCAGCGGGGCAGGGCCUCAAGCGGCUCUCAGCGUUGCCACAUACACCGGCCUGGUGCGGCUGCUGGCCACGUGUGCUGCUGGCUCCCCCGCGGUGGUGGAAGCGCUGCUGGAGCAGGGCAUCAUCACCAUCCUGCGCGACGCGCUGGCAGGGGCCGCCGCAGGGCCUGCCGCAGGAGUAGGGCCGGCCGCCCUCACCCGCUCACCGGAACAGCUGUAUGAGCUGAUGUCCCUGGUGAGCGAGCUGCUGCCGCCUGUGGUGGACCCGGGGGUGGCGCUGCCUGCUGGCCCGGCCCCGGAGGCAGGCAACCGGGCGGCCCGCCGCAAGGCUGCCCAGGAGGGGGGCGCAUCUCUCAGCGCGGUGAAGGAGGAGCCUGGCGGCGAGGCGGGCAGCGCGCGAGAGCGGUGGCUGGCGGCGCACCCCGGCCUGGUGGAGCAGUACGGGCGCGACCUGUUCCCCGUGCUGCUCCAGGUGUACGCCGCCAGCGUGAACCCUGCCGUGCGCAGCAAGUGCCUGACCGCCAUCAACAAGUACCUGCACUUUGUGCGCCCCGACACCCUGCAAGUCGUCCUCAAGGACUCCAACAUCGCAGGGUUCCUCGCGGGGGUCCUGGUGUCCAAGGAUGCGGCCGUCCUCAACACAGCGCUGCAGAUUGCGGAGGGCCUGAUGGCGAAGCUGCCCGACGUGUUCCGCCGUCUGUUUGUCAAGGAAGGGGUGCUGCACGCUCUGGAUGCCUUGGUGGCCACGGAGCCCAGCCUCGCCCCCGCGCUCGACGCGGCAGGGCCCGCAACGGCGGAGGAGGCUGCGGCUGGCCCGAGCACCGGCCUGACCGCCCGGCCGAAGCGGGCCAGUGCCAAGCAGCGGCGGAAGGAGGAAGAGAGUGAGGGAGCGGCAUCGGGAGCCAGUGGGAGAGAGGGCAGCCUGGCCUUGGGGCGCAGCGAAGUGGAGGCCGCAGGGCCCAGCAGCGUGGUGCGCACCCUGGCCCAGCCGAGCGCGGGCAGGGCCGGGCUGCGCCUGGUGGCGGCAGCACGAGCGCGCCGGCUCAAGGAGACUUACUUCGGGGGCGGGGAGUCGGAGAAUGACGAUGCAGCCCGGCUGAAGAAGUUGAAGGAGCUGUGCGCGCAGAUUUGCGGAGGGGGGAAGCCAGUGGGAGAGAAGGGCCAUAAGAAGUCGGGCAAGCACAAGGGCAAGAGGGGCAAGGAGAGAGGCGGGGCGGGGGAGGUCCCGGACCCGGAUGUGGCCGCGCUGAAGGAGGUGCUGGAUCUGCUGCUGGAGGGAGACGGCAUGUCCACCUUCGAGUUUGUGGGCAGCGGGGUGGCGCCCGCCCUGCUCAAGCUGCUCACACAUGGGCAGGCGGCAGGCAGGAAGCAGCGGGAGGCGGCUGGGGCGGCCGCGCAGCAGGAGCCCGCGCAGGUCCUGGCCCGCCUGCAGCGCAUCACCGACCUGCUCCUGCCGACGGAGGCCACCGCGGAGGACGCCCCCCUCACGGUGCUGGUGCGCAAGCUGCAGGCGGCCCUCACGUCGCUGGAGCGCUUCCCGGUGAUGCUCAGCCAGGCCCCCUCUGGGGCGCGCGCUCUGGGGGCGCGCGGCAGCGGGGGCGUCGCAGGGGGCCUCAGUGCUCUCACGCAGCCGUUCAAGCUGCGCCUGAGCCGCGCAGUGGGGGAGACGGCGCUGCGCGACUACUCGAGCAACGUGGUUCUGAUCGAGCCGCUGGCCACCCUGGCCGCCGUGGAGGACUUCCUGUGGCACCGCGUGCGCGGCCGCACCGACGUGCCGCCCACCACCAACGGCGCCAGCACCAGCAACACCACCGCCGCAGAAGCCCAGCUGGAGGCGGCGCUGGCAGCCGCAGCCGCGCAGUUUGCGGCCAACGGACGGCCUGGGGCUGGGGAAAGAGCAGGGGAAGGAACGGCAGGUACCAGUGCUGGGGGAGAAAGCCGGCCGCUGACCCGGGCUCAAAAGAGGGAGGCAUCGGCCGCAGCAGCCUCCCAAAGUAGGAAAGACGGAGUCGGCAAGAAGGGGCCACAAGCGCCAGGCACAGCGGUGGAACCGCGGGUGACCCGGGCUGCCGCGCGGCGGCGAGCGGAGGCGAGCGAGGCUGGAGCGGGGCAGGAGGAGCGGGGCCUGGCGGGCGAGGAAGAAGGGGGGGAGCAUCACAAGCACGAGCUGGACAGCGAGGAGGAAGCCGAUCUCCACGGGAUGGAGUACGAGGAGGGCCUGGCCAUGAUGGAGGAGGACGACGACAUGUCGGAAGACGAGGAGGUGUAUGGCGAGGAGGCGCUCCCCAUCCCCGACAGCGUGCAUGACGUCCAGCUGGGCGGAGACGCGUCAGACGCUGCCGCUCCUGCUGCACCAGGGACCCUCUCCCGCCACGCGGCGUCGGGCCUGCCCCCGCCCCACCCUGCCUCGCAGCGAGUCCCCGCCGGUGCAGGCCAGGAGGCUGCCAGCUUUGCAGCUGCGCUGGCGGGUGGGAGGACGCGGGCGGCGGAGGCUGGCAGCGUGGCCAGGCUGCAGUUCUCCAUGGGGCGGCGCGUGCUGGAGCGGCACAUGACCAUCUUCCAGGCCAUCCAGGCGCAGGCGCAGGCCGCCGAGGAGGACGCCGACGAGGACGACGCGCGCGAGGCCGACGUUCUGCUGCCCACCAGCGGCCGCCGCCUCUGGGACGCCGUGUACACCAUCUCGUACGCCACUGCGCCGCCGCAGCCGCCCACCGCGGCCGCCGUCGGGGAUGCCAGCCCCAGCGACGCUGUGGCCGGGCCAUCCGUGGAGGAGGUCGGGGCGGGCAGCCCGCUGGACGUGGUGCGCGCCCCGUGGCUGCCGGAGGAGGUGGCACCGUCGCGGCGGGCGGUGCGCGAGGUCCUGGAGCUGCUGCGGCUGCUGGAGGCGCUGAGCCAGCUGGUGCCGCGCAUGCGCGCCGAGGCCGCAGCCGACGCAGUGGCGGAGGGCCGGCACGCCACGCUGCAGGAGGCCGUCCGCGAGCAGCAAGCGCGCAGCAGCGUGCGCGUCGAGGAGUUCCUGAGCACCAAAAUUACCCCCAAGCUCACGCGCCAAAUGCAGGACGCGUUGGCGCUGUGCAGUGGCAGCCUGCCCCCCUGGGUGCACCACCUGACGGCGGCGUGCCCGUUCCUGUUCCCCUUCGAGGCGCGCCGGCAGUACUUCCACGCCACUGCGUUUGGGCUCUCGCGCGCGCUGCAGCGGCUGCAGGCGCAGCAGAGCUCGGACGGCGCGCCGGUGGCCGUGGACCGCGACGGGCGCGAGGUGCGCGUGGGCCGGCUGCAGCGCCAGAAGGUGCGCGUCUCGCGGCAGCGCAUCCUGGAGAGCGCGGCCAAGGUGUUUGAGCUGUACGCGGCGCACAAGGCCGUGCUGGAGGUGGAGUACUUCGGGGAGGUGGGCACCGGCCUCGGGCCCACGCUCGAGUUCUACACCCUGCUCUCCCACGAGCUCCAGAAGAAGCACCUCCACCUCUGGCGCGCCGACGCGCCCGCCCUGCCCGACCUCAAGCUGCCGGACGUGCCGCUCGACACUGACGCCGACCUCAUGGACCUGGACGACGCGGCUGCGCCAGGUGCUCUACCAGAGGCCGCCGUCAGCCCCGCGCCCGGUGGCUCCCCCCCCGUGUGCACGGAGUCGUCGUUCGUGCAUGCCCCGCACGGGCUGUUCCCGCGGCCCCUUGCGCCGGCCGCCCCCGCAGCGGAGCGGCAGCGCGUGGGGGACCACUUCCGCCUGCUGGGGCGCGCCAUGGCCAAGGCGCUGCAGGACAACCGCAUGCUCGACCUGCCGCUCGCACCCGCCUUCUACAAGCUCGCUCUCGGACAGGCGCUGGACCUGCACGACCUGGUGCGCGUAGACCCCCCGCUGGGACAGCAGCUGGAGCAGCUCGACCUGCUCAUCCGCCGCAAGAAGCACCUCGAGGCGGCGGGCGGCGCGCCGGGGGCGGCGGCGCUGCUGGUGGGCGGGGUGUCGGUGGAGGAGCUGUGCCUGGACUUCACGCUGCCGGGCUACCCCGAGUACGAGCUCAAGCCCGGCGGCGCAGAGUGCGGCGUGACGGCGGGCAACCUGGAGGAGUACGUGCGCCUGCUGCUGCGCGCCACGCUCGACGACGGGGUUGCGCCCCAGGUGGACGCAUUCCGCGCCGGCUUCAACCAGGUGUUCCCGCUCGCCUCGCUGCGCCUCUUCACGCCGGACGAGCUGGAGGCCCUGCUAUGCGGCAAGCGCGAGCUGUGGACGCCGGAGAGCCUGGCGGAGCACAUCAAGUUCGACCAUGGCUACACCGCGGGCAGCCCCCCCAUUCAACACCUGCUGGCCAUCAUGGGCGAGUUCACCCCCGAGGAGCAGCGCAGCUUCCUGCGCUUUGUCACGGGGGCACCGCGCCUGCCGCCCGGGGGGCUGUCCGCGCUCACGCCGCGCCUCACCAUCGUGCGCAAGCACCCGAGUGGAGGCACGCCCGCGGCGACACUGGGAUCCACCCCCCCCGGCUCUGCGCUGGCCCCGGGAACUACGCUGGCAGACGGGGACCUGCCGAGCGUCAUGACCUGCGCCAACUACCUCAAGCUGCCGCCCUACUCGUGCAAGGCUGUAAUGAAGGACCGACUGUUGUAUGCUAUCAAGGAGGGGCAGGGCUCCUUCGAUUUGUCGUAGGCAUGGCAACGGUCGCUUAACGCUCAAGCAUGUAAAGAAUAAAAAGAAAACCAAGUUUUGAUGUCUAGCACACGGAAAGAGAAAUGAACUACGUGGAAAUGACAUGGAAGUGUGCAUCGAGGUGCAUUAUGUCAUCGUUUUAAAGAUGCUUGGAAGCUUGACCGUUGUGAUGCUUGUAGUCGAGACCACUUUUCUUGUGACAUGCACCUUUACGUUCAAUUGGAUUCAUCACCAUGUGUAAAUCACCAAGCCAGCUCUCGAGAACUCUUCUACAUGCCUCUAAAGAAAGCUAGCACCU